GCAUGGUUCGCGCUACGGUACGCCAUUUGUGUCUAGCAGCAAAAAGCGCGGACGGUGAAAAUAGUCGUAUAACAAGAGGAAGCUUGAUCCGGCAUUGAUGAUAACAGUCGACUGCACUGUUAGAUGUAAUUAUCGCAGGAUAUGAUAUGGAUAAAACAUUGAUAUCACCAAAGGAGGCUGAAAGUGACACCGGUGGGAAGGUGCAGCCAGACGAUGUGGAAAUGGAGGAAGGUAAAAUACCCAGUUCACCCCGCAGGACUGCUGAGCCCGAUGAAGCAGACGAGGAACUCGCUGAGAAGCUGCAGCCAGACUCCAUACCUGAAGAUGGGGAUAACCUCUGCACCAUUUGUGGCUUCUCAGCCAAAUGCCCAAGGUCACUGAAGAUUCACUAUGCACGAAAGCAUGGAAAGAACUCAAAGGACAGUGAUAAAACUGCAAAGCCAGCUGCAAAAAGUGAAAAUAUCAGUGAUGUCAGUCCACCUGAAAACCAACAGGAGGAAGACAUGGAGAUAGAAAGUGGUGCUGAGGUUAAACAAAACCAGGAGUCGGAUUUUUUGGAAUUGAGAUCAGCAGCCAGUGACAAUGGCACGAACACAAAGAGUUUAACUAAAAAGCAAAGCGUAUUUGACAAACAGCAGGCAGAUCAAGAGGAGGGGAUCCCUACCCAAGAAAGAAGAGUAAGCAAGCGAACCCCCAAACCUAAGAUGAUUCACUCUUGCAACUACUGUGGGCAGGAAUUUAGGGACAAGGCUCCUUUAGAUGUUCAUAUUCAGAGAUACCACACCAAAGACACCCCAUACACAUUUGAUGCUGAUGAGAACAUGGAUGAUGAAGAGGAAACCGAGGAUUCUGGCAACUCUGUGAAGGCUACUCCAACACGAGUGGCGCCCAAACAUCCGCACAGCAGGUUCCAGCUGAAGUGUGCACACUGUGAUUUUAGGGUCAGUACCCCUGCGCUGCUAGAGAGCCACGCUCGAGUCAAACACGUGGACAAGGAGUGGUACCGCUGCAAAUUGUGUAACUUUUUUUCGGCCACUCCCGAGUGGAUGGAUACUCACCUGUCCUCAGAUAGCCACAUGCAGCAGCAGAAAGGGAGGAAAAGUGGGGAAUCUUCCUCAUUUGAAGUCUACGUUGAGUGUGUAAACAGAGACAGUGCUGAGGAUGGUGCAAAUAUAGAUGAUGACACUGGUAGGGCUGAUAGGGCUGAUGGAGAAGGGGUAGCUACUUUGACAGAAGGAGACCAGGAAACUGAAGACGCAGUGGAGGCUGCUAAAGCUGUGUUGGUGGAGGUGGAAGAUUUAGAGCUUGAACCCCCAAGAAAGAAAAGAGGAAGACCGAAGCAGGGGUCCACGACCACUUGUGGAUACUGUGGCCUGGUUGUGUCCAAUGCCACCAACCUCAGUGUUCAUGUUCGCCGUAAACACAGCAAGGAGUAUGGAUACAGCUGCACUCUGUGCAACUACAGCUGCGUCACUAAAGGAGACAUGGAUCGUCACUGUAUCACGAAGAAACAUGUUAGACGUACACAAGAGUGUGCCAAUAAAAACCCAGUUAACAAUCACACAAGUGCGUCACCGCAAGAACCCGCAAGUAUACAAGCCGAGGAACCAAAUGCAGCCUCACAGACCACCGACAAAGAGCAGGAAUACAACAGCACAGCCUCUAAAGAACAGAGCAGUGAAGAGCCGAGUCAGUCAGACACAAGCCAGAAAAAAAGUAAAUAUGACUCUGUUAAUGCUUGUAGCCACUGCGAUUUUGUUGCUCAAUCAAUCCCUUCCCUCCAUCUCCACGUCAAGAGAAAGCACACCAAAGAUUUUGAGUAUGUCUGUCUAGCAUGUAGCUACUAUGCCGUAACUAGCAGGGAAAUGUCUCGCCACGCAAACACAGAGAAACACAAACAGAAGAGCCAGAAAUACUUGGAGCCGGUGGGGGGUGAGGGACAAAGAGCUUUGGCACUUCCGUUGAAGCUGAAGCAGGUCAUUGAGCUCGGUGGGGAAAACUCUAAACCUGAAUGUGAACCACCUAGCCCCACAAAAGAGUCUGAAUCUUGUUCUGACGACAGUCAAGCUAUGGAAAGUCAGAAUACAGAUGCACCCUCCGUCACGACAGGACCUGUCGAUGCUGUGGUUAGGGUCACUGGUAGUGCAGAUGAGAAGCAAGCAGAGAAUAUUACAUCUAACUCUGGUGGCGAAUCAGAUCCAACCGACCAGACUAUUAGCCUUACAGUACUGUCUGAACCCCAGCAGGCUCCAGCAGACCUUCAGCCUGCAGUUGACCAGUCUGCACAGCAAGAGAGCCAGGAGGAAGGGGGUAAACAGGCAGACGAUGAACACUUAAAUGCAGAUGUGGUGAUUGUAGAAGCAAAAAGUGACAGCUCUCAUUCAGAUACACAAAUGUCCAAAGCCCUUCCCUUUGAUGCCUGCAUUGUAUCCAUGAAGGCCCUUGCUGAGCAGGAACAGGCAAUGCAGGAAGGUCUAUCUCUGGAAGGCGAGGCUACUGUGAUAUGUCUGACUGGAGGCUCACCAGUGCCUUCUGGCCACCCAGCCCCCAGCUCUCCAUAUGUUAAGAAGCUCAAGCCCAAGGAAGUGAAGGUGAGAGAAGAAGCCAAAGGAAGCAGCUGUCGCAUACGUUGCGAGGACUGUGGCUUCAUGGCAGACGGCAUCAGUGGUCUCAACGUCCACAUCUCAAUGAAGCAUCCAUCCAAGGAGAAGCAUUUCCACUGCCUGGUGUGCGGUAAAUCGUUCUACACCGAAAGCAACCUGCACCAACACCUGACCAGCGCUGCCCACCUACGCAACGAGCAGAAUAGCGUGGAGGAGCUGCCUGAAGGGGGAGCGAGCUUCAAGUGUGUGAAGUGCACGGACCGCUUCGAAACGGAGCAGGAUCUGUUUGUUCACAUUAAGGAGAAGCAUGAGGAGCUCCUCAGGGAGGUCAACAAGUACGUGUUGGAGGACACGGAGCAGAUCAACCGUGAGCGUGAGGAGAACCAGGGCAGCGUGUGCAAAUACUGUGGCAAGGUGUGCAAGAGCAGCAACUCAAUGGCCUUCCUGGCACACAUCCGUACACACACAGGAUCUAAGCCCUUCAGGUGUAAGAUCUGCAACUUCGCAACAGCUCAGCUGGGAGACGCCAGGAACCACGUGAAGAGACACCUGGGCAUGCGAGAGUACAAAUGUGACAUCUGUGGAUGGGCCUUUGUGAUGAAGAAACAUCUCAGCACCCACCUACUGGGAAAACAUGGAGUUGGACAGCGUAAAGAGAGGAAGUUUGAAUGUGAGUUGUGUGAACGCUCCUUCAGUGAAAAAUGGGCCCUAAACAACCACAUGAAACUGCACAGUGGGGAGAAACCGUAUAAGUGUGCCUGGCCGUCCUGCCACUACGCCUUCCUCAACCUGUCAGCCAUGAAGGACCACUACAGGACACACACUGGAGAGAAGUCUUACCUCUGUGACCUGUGUGGUUUUGCGGGAGGCACAAGACACGCCCUCACCAAACACAGGCGCCAACACACGGGAGAAAGGCCCUUCAAAUGCAAGCUCUGCAACUUCGCCUCCACCACACAGUCCCACCUAUCGCGGCACAAGCGCGUUCACACCGGGGAGAAACCGUACCGCUGCCCCUGGUGCGACUACAGAUCUAACUGUGCUGAGAAUAUCCGGAAGCACAUUCUCCAUACGGGAAAACACGAGGGUGUGAAGAUGUACAACUGUCCCAAAUGUAACUACGCCACCAACUCUCCCAUGGAGUUCAGAAACCACCUGAAGGAGAAUCACCCUGAUAUUGAGAACCCAGACCUCGCCUACCUACAUGCAGGUAUUGUGUCCAAGUCUUUCGAGUGUCGUCUGAAGGGCCAGGGGGCCACAUUUGUGGAGGCAGAGGCCAUGGGAUCUCCUGUGCACAGGAAGGGCUCAUCAGAUGCGUCCGGGCACGAUGAGCAAGUCCAGCAGGUCAUCAUCAUCCAGGGGUACGGCGGCGGGGAGGUAGCCAUCGACCAGGCCCUGGAGGAGUCGGCUGCUGCCACCCUGCAGACAUUGGCCAUGGCUGGCCAGGUGGCCGAAGUGCUGCACAUCACCGAGGACGGACAAGUCAUAGCCUCAGGCAGGGAAGUAGCAUCUGCGGGGGCUCACCUGGCCGGAGGCAGCACCCAGUUCGUGGUGCUAGAGUCAGGGGAGGCCAGGGAAGAUCUGCAGGCCGUGGCCAGAGGAGGGGUGACGGUCACAGCCGCAGGAAAAAGCCGCAUUGUUUCCGAGUCGUCCACGGCUCUGGAUGCUCUGCUCAGCGCCGUCAGCGAAAUGGGCCAUCAGGAGGAAAUGCAAGGAGAGGCAGCCGUCAUUCAUGAAGUCCUGACCCCUGAGAUAGCCGAGGCUGUGCAGAGUGAACUGCAGUCGGAGGUGAAACAGGAGCAGGAGGAGGUGCAGGUCAUCCAGGAGACCGGCCAGGAGGAGAUGCAGGAGGUGCUGCAGCUCGCGGCGUCACAGAUGAUGAAGGAAGGUCUGACCCAGGUCAUCGUCAAUGACGAAGGCACUCACUACAUUGUGACGGAGCUGGACAACUGCACCUUACAGGUGGAGGAAGGCGUGUAUGGAGAGGCUGGGGCAGGUGACGCAGAGGUGCAGCAGGCGGAGCAGCAGGCUGGAGAAGAAAUGGUGGUUUAUUUGGAUGGAGCCCCUCAUAAUAUAGUCCUGGAAGGGUAGAAGAGAUAGAGGUAGAGAUUUGUCAUUUAAUUUUAGUUUUCCAUGUUUAAUUCUGUUAAAGCCGCAUUAGGCCAAAUGUUUGCCAGGAAUUCAGUCUUUUACAGUCUUCCUCUCCCUUUCUUCCCUGUUAAUUUCACCCUGUUUGAUCCUCUUUUUUUUUUGCAUCUCUUUUUACUGUCUUCUCUUGGGCUAUGCCGAACUCAGGUUAAACAUCAUUUAUUUAGACGGACAGUGAAGGAAAGAGGUUUUGGUGCUAAGUGAGCUAACUUGCAAUCGUCACAACCACCAAGAGUAUAUUAACAACUUGAUUAAUGCCAUGCAAGAAAAUCAAUAUAUUUCCUCCUUAAAUAUUUUUUAAAAUAUGCAUCUAAUAUUCUGAGAAUGAAAUGGCUCACUAUUAAGGAAAAUGUGGAUUUUGCUCUAUAGAAAUAACAACAGGUUUAGGUUUUUUUGUUUUGUUUUGUUUGGUCGAAUUUUGCUCAUGUGUCCUAUGACAGUUUGGUUUAUUAAUUUUCUUUCUAUUUUCUAACGUGUUUUCCCUCCAUCCUUUCUAAUGAUUAGUAUAUUAUCAGUUACAAACAUACAGUAGUUCCAGAACAGAUCUUCUAGAUGGUCUAUGUGCUUUUGUCAACCCCUUAUCUUUUCAAAAAACCUCUAAAAACAUUAAUUCUGUUUCAUUUGUGUCAAUAAAGAUUGAGCCUAAUUUUUAA